AUGGAGCCCGAAAGUGAAGCAGACGAAGGGCCAGUCUUGUUCUCCUUCGAGAGCAACCAAAACAAUGGUUUUCUCAGUCCAGCGUUCCUCGGUUCUUUCCAAUACGGGGACAUUGGAUUCAAUUGCAAUGAGCAGUUCUUCCAAGCAGAAAAGGCAUUAUGGUUCGGCAACAACAAUGAGCUAUUUAGGGCCAUAAUGAGCACGACGGAUCCUCAGGAACAGAAGGCCCUAGGCAAGCAAAUCAAAGCCAACGAUACUUCCCGGUCACAUAGCUGGGCGACGACAGUGGCAUAUCAAGUUAUCAUGGUUACAACACGUGUGAAGUUUACAGUCUCAGAACACGCACCUAUGCUUCUGCAGAAGCUCAUGGCCACGGGACAUCGAGAGCUUGUCAUGACAGACCCAGACGAUGCGUUUUUGGGUAUUGGGUUGGACAGGGUUUCAGCGACUGCACAUGCUGGACCUUGGCCUGGACGGAAUCUGCUGGGGGAAGGGUUAAUGGAUUUGAGGUUGAGAUUGAGGGUGGAGGCAAGUUUGAGGGAAGAGAGGAAGGUGUUUUCGAUGGCGAGGUUCAGAGUGACUUGUCCUACGGCGUCUUCUUCUCGGGUCGAUACAGAUCAGGAGGCGGAGUAG